GCACUGAGCGGACGUACGUGCGACGCUCGCUACUUAUCCUCCAACACGUUACGAACGCAACCUUCGGCGUGGAACUGUAUUUUGAAAUUGUGUGUGUUGUCGAUUUGAAAAUUAUCUGACAGUGACAGGAGUGUGACCAGUGUUUUUAAGGAAUUCCUUUACAUUGCCUUUGGGAUGAAACUGAUUUUAUUUUAAUAUUUUGAUUUUAUUAUUGUGUGCAUGUGGACGGAUCAGUGAACCUUUGGAUUGCGAUUUGGACCUGACGGAACGUUGCAUGACAGCGCGUGGUGACUCCCUGCCCCAUGUGUUCACAUGGACACCUGCCUUCCAGCAUAGCAAUACACCACCAGGCUCUAUGAUAUGGCGCGAUACAAGUGACCACAUCAACUGUAUGAUCGAGUGGGAGCUGUUGGUUAGAUAGCAGGGUGAGCGUGUGCGCAAGUAGGCGAGCGCCGCGCUGCCUCUAUGCUGUAUCGACGCAGAUUUGACAUUCACCGGGACGUCGCCAGGUCGCUGCUGAAGAGAAGUGGAUUACGAGGAGUGAGGUAACCUGGCCGGGAGGAGGACAAGCAAGACGAACAAGCAGAACCAUCUGUCGUCCAGCGGCAACAAAAUCAAACCGAAAUGUGUUCCCCCGUAACUAAGUACCUAGAAUUCGCGUAAUACCUACAUCGAAUAAUGUACGUUCCGUCCAAGAAGCUGCCAAACAUUUUGAACGAAUUUAUUAGUGUAAAUACAUUUUUGGACUAUUUAUAUUUGUGUAUAGUUCGCGAGUGUUCGCGAGUGUAAGAGUGGUGUGAAAGCGCCACCUAGUGUUUAAAAGUGACAAAGGUGGCGGGGACGCAUGCGCCAUCGGGACAGGCGCUGGCGAUGCCAUUUAUUGAAGACGAAUGGUGGUCCGCCGAGAAUGAGGGCAGGAUGGUCGAUCUCUCCAAUUGCCUGCAGUUCCAGGACGCGGUAGUGGCAGCUGGUGGCCAAGCGGCCGCCCAACUACAACAAAUGGCGACAUCUCUCGGGGAUCUCUCGCAAGCCGAGCUGACCAACAUCGUCGGCGGUCUGACGCUGGAGCCCGACACUGGCGAGGCAGCAGACCCUGAUGACAUCCUCAAGCAACUAGGAGAGACCGCUUUCGACAACUUUGAAACGUUUUUUACGGAUCUAACGAAUGCCACCGCGUCUUCAGUACCGCCUAUUGAAAUUAAGCAAGAAGAAAACAACAAUAUAUCGUCGCCAGCGUCCAGCAGCCAACUACAAGGCUACUAUCAACAGAACAGUCAAUUAGCACUGCCAAACAACGGCCAGCAACGGUUACAACAGUUGUUAAGGUCAGGCACGAGUGCCAUCAACAGUGCCGUGACAAACAAUAUCAACAAUGGCCGAUAUAAUAUCGCUUCCGCGAAUCCUUUGCUUGCCGAAAAACUAUCAGCGUCACCUAGCGGCAUUAAGCAAGAACCAAUCAGUUCGGAUUACAACACGACGAGUAUGAACUACGGGAGCGCGUCGCCGAUGCAGAGGAUGCCGAGCGGGAAGCCGCAGGUGCAUGAUGCUGGAGGAGGUAAAGUGGACGGCGAGCCGGCCGGCCUGCCGCUCAGCACCCGCAGCUCGCUCAGCCGGGCCCUGCUGCUGCUGGCCCCGGGCCCCACCGCCAGGCAUCACCUCUACACAGCCCCUAACACAGGUUCCCUCCCCCCCUCGCCGGCAGAUAGCGGCGUGUCUGACGUUGAAUCGUCCUCGUCGGGCGCCGGCUCCGCCGAAGAGCUGAAAGCACGCCUGCAGCCGCCCCCUCCUGCGCCCUUCCACGCGCCAUUCCUGCCCUUCUACCAGCACCACCAGAUCGCCAACACGCUGCAACACCACGCCACCGCACACCCCAGACCACCAGUGGGCGGCGUGAACGAGCGUGACGCGUACGGCUACGGGUACGGUGGCGGGGGCGGCGGCGCGCACCACUUCGCCGCUCCGGCGCCGCCGCCGCUCCCGCACGACGAGCUCCCCUACUCGGUGUUCGACUUUGGCGACUACCAGCGGCAUCAUCACCACAACAAGCUCAAGCCCAAGAAGAGGCCGCGCACUGACGCGCCUCCCACGCCUGGCGUAAAGCGCAAGAGUCGCGAGGGCUCAACCACGUACCUCUGGGAGUUCCUGCUCAAGCUGCUGCAAGACAGGGAGUACUGCCCGCGCUUCAUCAAGUGGACGAACCGCGAAAAGGGCGUGUUCAAGCUGGUGGACUCGAAGGCGGUGUCGAGGCUGUGGGGGCUGCACAAGAACAAGCCCGAUAUGAAUUACGAGACGAUGGGCCGCGCGCUGCGCUACUACUACCAGCGCGGCAUCCUGGCCAAAGUAGACGGGCAGCGGCUCGUGUACCAGUUCGUGGACGUGCCCAAGGACAUCGUCGAGAUCGACUGCUCGCUGGCGUAGACGAAUCUCGAGUGACACGCGUGACGGGACCGUGGUGACGUGUGACGUGCGAUGAGUGACGCGGCGGCGUGCCGCAGUGCCGCAGUGCCGCAGUGCAGGACACUAUCUCAUGCGUACCGCCGUGACGCGACGGUGGACGGUGGGCGGUGGAGAGGACGCGUAUUCAUUUCGUUCUUACAUUACAAGUUAUCACUAAUACUUACAAUUCGUCUAUUUGUCAAAUCAUCAUGCAUUACGUUUUCCAGAUCGCUUCUAUAUAAUGUUAUUAAUAUAAAUAUUACUCUCAAAUCGAACUAAUAUUAACUUAUCAUUGAAUUUAAUAUUUAUACAAAAAUAGGAGAGACGAAAUUGAUUGCUCAAAUGUUUAUAUAGGUACCUAUUUUUAGGGGUAUUUCAGAAGAGGAACACUAAAUUUGCUAGAUGUUAUAUGGGGACGGAGUGAGUUUUGUAUAAUGUUGAAACGAAUUUUUAAAUGUUUGUAAAUGAAAUUUCUAUAUAUUGCAUGUUUAAGGUCGAUUAUACAUUGCCUCGGUCGACUGUACGAAAUCAGAACUUCCUACCUCAGAACUACGCAAAAGUUACAAAUGAUUCAUAUGAAUAUACAAUUUACAUUGUUCGAAACAGUUUACAAAUCGCAAUAAGAAUAUAUAUAUAUAGUCUAAAUAAGAGUUUAUUAUAAAGAAAUAUUUACGUAAAUGUUUAUAUUACAAUAUCUUAUAGUACCUAAUAUCCUCAGAUGAAAUAUAUUCACUUCUUGGUGCUUUGUAUGGCCAUCUCAUAUUUACACAUUGUUACAAUGGAAGCAACCUCACUGCUGUUGAUUUAUAUAUUAUGUAUAUUAUAUGAACAUUUAGUAGUUGUCUAUUAUCUAGCUGUAAUCUGUUUCCCAAGAGCGCGCCCCGAGAGAGCUAGCUAGGGACUAGUGGCUACACGGCCGAGCUCGCUUGGGCCGCGCUCUUACUGUCGCAUAGUCUAUCUCAUUGUUUUAGGUACGUUUCGAAACCGAAUUUGGAAAUGAUAUUAGAUUGCAAAAAUUCAUUUACACAAACGUUUUAACGUAAUACUACGCAUGUACUGAUAAACCUACUGCCAACUUUCUGAUACAAACUGACAUAAUGAUUAGUUAAGGGAUGAUUUUUGUGCGUUAGUUGUGUUAAUUAUAAAUAUAUGUUUACUGUAAGCGAGCUGUUUUAAGUGGACAUGUUCUAGUUUAUUUCGUUUAUUUAAAUUUACAUUAAGCAUGUUGCGAGGGGGUUGCGCGCACUACAUCACGACUACAACUACAUAUCAGACAGAAACAAUUAUUUACUGUGUAUACAUAUACAUCCUGUUUUGUCAGCAUAUCAAGCCGCUUGUAUAUAUAUUGUAUUUGUUUAGUUGGACGGCGCGCAGCCUCCAUUUUUUGUUACCUGAAUAAAUAUUAUUAAUAAUUAAUUACGAUUUGUGGUCCAAUGUUAAAGAAUCAUAAUACUUUUAACUAGAUAGAUAUAAAAGAAAGAUCGAUUAAGGUGUAGCCUAGUUCACUUCGACAUAUAGACAGAUAUAAUUGAUAUUUCAUUCAAUGCAAAGACAAAUUGAUCCUUCUAUGUAUACAAUAAAGCUUGUUUAUAAUAGUAAAUGUACGUAAGCGGAGGAAUUGUUAGUUGGCGUCGUGUCAAUAUAAUAAUUGUGGACCACACGUGCGCUCCAGCCGCCGCCAGCCGCCGCCAGCCGCGCAGCACUCUUGUUUGCUUCCACUGACUGGGACUACGUAGUUUUGCAAUAUUUUUAUAAUGAAAGUAAUGGAUGUAUAGAGUCAGGUGGCAGUGUGCAAGUGUCCGGUCGCCGAGUGUCACGGAGGGCACGUGUGGUCUCGGACUGUGAGGGUCAGAGGAGCCUUAGGAGUGUGAACGUGUCGGGUACGAAGGGUGCUAUGUUGAGGGACCGCGCUCGGGUGAGGCUCGCACUCAAUACAAUAAUAUAUUAGACCAGUCCAACCGAUAUACAGGUGUUAAACUAUAUAUUAAAUAAACCAGUGCGAUAAGUGACUUUUGUAUAGGUGAAAGAUCUCAGUAUCCAAACUUCUUCGAACAAAACCAGUGGCCGUUUCAUGUGAUUGAAAAAUAAUAUAUUUUAAAAACUAAAUUGUGGAAUUUUAAUCGUAUUUUUAUAUAGCUAGAUGGAAUUCUCAAUAAUUUUCUGUUCGGCACUACUUCUUAUGCUUUUGUAAAUAUAAUUAUAGGAUUUAAUUUAUUUAUUUAGUCUGUCACGCGAGUGGCGCCCCCUGGCGUCGGCGAAGGCAUUCAAUUCUUUUCCUUUUUAGGAAAUUUCGUUCUGUAGGUUACAAAUUUUAUUGUAAAAUAUCUUUAUUAUCUAAUAAAUUAGUAGGUAAUGAAUGGACCAUGGGAUGGAAGGUGAACGCUCUCAGAAUUUAUAAUUCGGCUAGUGUGAGUCUAAUCGACAAUGUGAGAUGCUAGUUACCGGUAGUAGGCAAAAUGUUUGAGCAAGCAUUUAAAAAAAUGCUCGGAGAGUUUAAAUAAUUUUAGUCGAAUUGAUGUUGUUGAAUUAAAAAUCAAAGUUUCUAAUUAAUAAUGUACUUAAAUUUUCAAUGUAAAUUUUAAAGGCACCUUGAAAAAAAAAUAUUAUUAAUGAAAUUAUUUUAAAUUGAGCCUAGUCUUAGUAUCAUAAUUUGAUUUUAAAUUAUAAUUCAGACGCCGCAUUGGUACGAGGCGUCGUCGUAACAGCGGUCUACCUAUCGUGACCGCAAAUAUUUAGCUCGUCAAAAUUAAUGUAAAUACAAAAUAUAUAAUGUUAAUAAUCCAAACGCACACCCUCACGACCCAUGAACGACUAGUUAUUGGCGUCGCUAGUUAGGUGAAAUAUGAGAAUAUUUUGCAAGGAAGCAAUGAGAAGGUUAGUGAAUUCGGUGAUAGAGGGAGAGGGCGCUGCACUCGCUCGUCGGCGGCAGACAGCAUAAUUACGUGUUUUAUCGUUAAUUACUAUUUCAAUGUACGUAUUCCUGUUUGUCGAUAAAUUAAUGUCCAAUAUUCGAAUACGUAAUUCAUUCCGGAUGAGAGUGGUGUGUUACAUUUGUGUAGACAACGAGUUUUAGGCGAAUGAUGAACUUUAGUUUCAGCUACUCGCUCAUAGAUGGCGCUUUCGUUACGCUUUGUCUAACAAAAUUUCAUGAUUAUUCUGAGAGUUGCGUGCGAUUACAGUGAUUUUGCGUUAUACUUGCUUUUAGUUUUAUGCAGUUAAAGUCCGAUAUUGUAAUGUAAUUUUAUUUAGUUGUUAAUUUUACAAAAUACUGUAUUUUCUGCCCCCCUAGUUAAGUUAUUUUUCUAUGUAUAGUUAGUUAUAAGUGUAAAUGAAUUAGCACAUAAAUUUGAUGCAUGAUGAUAAUGUUAAUAAAAUAUCCACAAUAAAAUCCAAACUUGUUUGUUAUUACGAAUCCCUGGGACUGAAAUCCCGAAACUGCAGAUCGGCUGGCGAACUACUAAUCCUCCUACUUUACCGUAUGGGUACUUCACGAUAUAAAAAUGUAAACUGUUAGAAUAUUAGUUAAUAAAAUAAAAAAUGUAUUUCCUGAAUAAGGCAGAGUUGAAUAGAGAAUUAAUAUUUAACGGAAGGUUAAAAUGCAGUUGCACACACAUUACACUACUUAGCUAUUUCCAAUAAUAACUGGGUAUAAUUAUUCUGUACUCUUCAUCUUUUCAAAUAACCGUAUUGUUUCGGGCAGCACUCGAUCGUACUGCCAGAGUCUGUCCGCACAUGUAAUCAUUGCAGCGUGCCUCUGAAGACAUUACUGAGACGCUGCAAAAGCGUGGCCAAUAGUUGCAGUCUGAUUCAUCAGUCUAGCAAUACCGGAGAUCAAGUUCUGAAGACAUCC